CUCGUAAAAAAAACUUUUAGUUAGCGCGAAUGUUUGGAUCCCGGUGCGUAUGAUUUUGUUGCCCCUCCUUUUGCCCCACCAUAGCCCCUAGAGGAACAAAUACAAAUACAAACAAUCCCACGAAGCCGAAGUCGAAACCUUACAACCACCACCCACAACAACAAACCCAUUCCUUUUCGCCGCAGCAGCAGAGCAGCUAGCAUAGCAGGAAUGGCCUCCUCCGCCUCCGUAGAAGAGUUCCUGGCCCUCCCGGGCUCUCCUGCAUUCUCCCCGUUCCGAUUGUCCGAGCUGAAGGACAGUCUGAAUGCGACACUGCAAGCGGAAGCGGGAGGUGCGCACACGAAGGUGACGGAGGUGUCCUCGAUCCACGUGCACUACGUCGCACCAAAGACCGCCGAGGCGCGCGCAACACUGUCGAAUCCCGCCGCUCCGGAGAGGAAGAUCCUCAGCAAGAUGCUCGGGUACGGCAUCAAGUCGGCGGCGGCUGCCAACACAGACGAGGCCCUGGCGAAGGCACUGGAGGGAUUGACGGUCGAGGGCGAUGGCAGCAGGAGGUUGUUUCUGUAUGUCGUGCCGGUAAAGGGUACCAUCAGCCCGUGGUCAUCGAAGGCUACGUCGAUAGCGGCUGUGUGCGGCCUCGGCGGCAUCGUGCAGAGGAUUGAGCGCGGCGUGAUGAUCUCGAUCACUUUCGAGGGGGAGUAUGAGAACCGCAGUGGGCCGUUCCCAUUUGCGGAUGUGUUGCACGACCGCAUGACGCAGACGCUCAGUGUGAACCCGCCAACAUUCGAGGGUCUGUUCGGCACGCACACGCCGGAUCCCGUCGGAAUUGUCGACCUGCACUCGUCGACUGCGACUCCGCGCGAGUCGCUGGAGAAGGCGAACAAGACGCUGGGGCUGGCGCUCGACGAGUCCGAGAUCGACUACCUGCUCGAGGCGUUCUCGAAGAGCGGCGCGUGUCCGCGCAAUCCGUACGAUGUGGAGCUGUUCAUGUUUGCGCAGGUCAACUCGGAGCAUUGUCGCCACAAGCAGUUCAACGCCUCGUGGACGAUCGACGGCCAGGAGAAGCCCCACUCCCUGUUCGGCAUGAUCAGGAAUACCCACAAGAUCAGCCCCGACUACACCGUCUCCGCCUACUCGGACAAUGCGGCCGUCCUGGAGGGAAACGAGGGUGCGUUCUGGGCGCCGAAUCCCACAACGAACGUCUGGGAGGCGACAAAGGAGGAGGUGUAUAUCGUUGCCAAGGUCGAAACCCACAACCACCCCACAGCAGUGUCUCCCUUCCCCGGAGCCGCCACUGGUUCCGGCGGUGAGAUCAGAGACGAGGGAGCCGUUGGACGUGGUUCGAAGCCCAAGGCUGGUCUGUCGGGGUUCAACGUCUCCGAUAUGUUGAUCCCUGGCCACGUCCAGCCCUGGGAGCUGAAUGUUGGAAAGCCCAACCACAUUGCGAGCCCGAUCGACAUCAUGCUCGAGGCGCCUAUCGGAUCGGCCGCAUUCAACAACGAGUUUGGUCGUCCGUGCACCCUGGGAUACUUCCGCACCCUGACCACCACCGUUCCCGUCGACGGAAAGGACGAGAUCCGUGGUUACCACAAGCCCAUCAUGCUUGCCGGUGGUCUCGGAACGGUCCGACCCAUCCACGCCAUGAAGCUCGCUGGAUUGAUCGAGCCUGGCGCGUACCUCGUCGUCCUGGGCGGACCGGCGAUGUUGAUUGGCCUCGGAGGAGGAGCUGCCAGUUCCAUUGCUUCCGGCGAGGGAUCGGUCGACUUGGAUUUCGCGUCCGUUCAGCGUGGAAACCCAGAGCAGCAGAGGCGGGCACAGAUGGUGAUCGAUGCUUGCGUUGCUCUCGGAGAGAACAGCCCCAUCCGCUCCAUCCACGACGUCGGUGCCGGCGGUCUGUCCAACGCUCUCCCUGAGAUCGUGCACGAUGCUGGCCUCGGUGCGACAUUCGAGCUCCGCGAGAUCGAUAGUGCCGAUAGAGGCUUGAGCCCCCUGCAGAUUUGGUGCUGCGAGGCCCAGGAGCGAUACGUCAUGGCCGUUGCCGAGGAGGGACUCAAGACUUUCGAGGCUAUUGCGCAGAGAGAACGUUGUGGUUUCUCGGUGGUCGGGAGAGCCGAGGGCGGAAAGGAGGAGGACCAAAGGCUCGUCUUGACCGACAGGGACUCCAAGGAGAAUCCUAAGGUUAUUGACCUGCCUAUGAGUACUCUCUUCGGAAAGCCUCCCAAGAUGAAGCGUGUUGUCGAGAGCCGAAAGCUCCAGCUGCCGGAGUUCGACAACUCUCUCAAGUCCUACGCCCCCGAGCUUUCGGAAGACAAGUUGGUGUCCGAGGCCGUGGACCGCGUGAUGCACUUGCCGUCGGUUGGCUCCAAGAACUUCCUGAUCACCAUCGGAGAUAGAACUGUCACUGGCCUUAUCACCAGAGACCAGAUGGUUGGACCAUGGCAGGUUCCUGUUUCGGAUGUCGCUGUCACUGCGACCGCCCUCGUGGAGGGAAUUCGUACUGGUGAGGCGAUGGCCAUGGGCGAGAAGCCUACUCUGGCUUUGAUCUCUCCUGCGGCUUCGGCCCGCAUGGCGGUUGCAGAGUCCUUGAUGAACUUGAUCGCCUCCGACGUCCAGGAUGGAAUCUCCCGUGUCCGUCUCUCUGCUAACUGGAUGGCCGCCGGUAAUCACCCCGGUGAGGGUGCUGCCCUGUACGAGGCUGUCGAGGCCAUCGGUAUGGACCUUUGCCCCAAGCUUGGUAUUAGUAUUCCGGUCGGAAAGGACUCCAUGAGCAUGAAGAUGAAGUGGAACCAGGAUGGAGCGUCGAAGGAGGUUACCGCGCCCAUCUCCCUGGUCAUCACUGCUUUUGCGGCUGUUGAGAAUAUCACCAGGACAUGGACACCGCAGCUCAAGAGGAUCGCCGGAAGCAAGCUUAUCUUCGUUGAUCUGGCCAAGAGGAGUAUGGCUAUGGGAGGCAGUGCCGUCGCUCAAGUUUUCAAGCAGGUCGGCAAUGCUUCUCCUGAUGUCCGGGACGUCGAGGAGUUCAAGGCUUUCUUCGACGCUUGCAGGCAGGCGCGCAAGAGUGGACUGGUCGAGGCUUACCACGAUCGGUCAGACGGUGGUCUCUUCACUACGAUCGUCGAAAUGGCGUUUGCUGGUCGUGUCGGUGUUGAUGUCGACUUGAGCAAGUAUGCCAAGAGUGCCAGCACCGAGGACAUCAUCCCCGCGCUGUUCAACGAAGAGCUCGGAGCGGUGUUCCAGGUCAAGGAGGAGAUGCUUGCGGCUUUCUACAGCACCUUCACAGCUUGCGGUGUGGCUAAGGAUAGCAUCAUCACCAUUGGAGCCGUCAAGCCCGUCGCUGCCGGUCAGGAGAUCACAUUCACCCACGGAUCUACGCCAGUUUUCGCUGCGCCCCGAGGAACCCUUCAGCAGGCAUGGGCGGCAACUUCGUAUGCCAUGCAGCGUAUCCGCGACAAUCCCGCUUGUGCGGACUCCGAGUACGCCGCCAUCCUCGACGACGCCGACCCUGGUCUCAGCUACAACCUUACCUACACCCCGAGCACUGUUCUCCCCGCUCCUAGCGCGCAGCGCCCCCGCGUUGCCAUCCUCCGUGAGCAGGGUGUCAACUCCCACGCUGAGAUGGCUUUCGCCUUCCACCUUGCCGGCUUCGAGCCCGUCGAUGUGCACAUGACGGAUCUGAUCAGCAAGCGCGUCUCACUCGCGGACUUCAAGGGCCUCGCCGCAUGCGGUGGGUUCUCGUACGGUGAUGUUCUCGGUGCUGGAGCGGGAUGGGCGCACUCUGUCCUCCUCCACGCCGACACCCGCCGCGACUUCGAGGCAUUCUUCAACCGCGCGGACACCUUCGCUCUCGGCGUCUGCAACGGCUGCCAGUUCUUCUCCCGCCUGAAAGAUCUCAUCCCAGGCGCCGAGGACUGGCCCACCUUCGAGCGCAACGAGAGCGAGCAGUACGAAGCCCGCAUGUGCAUGGUUGAGCUCAGCUCGCCCGCCUCUGCCCCCUCCGUCUUCAUCGACAAGGUCGCCGGCUCGUCGCUGCCCAUCGCCGUUGCCCACGGAGAGGGUCGCGCCGUCUUUGAUUCCCCGGCGGAUCUGGAAAGCCUCGAGAAGCGCGGCGGUGUCGUCGUCCGCUACGUCGACAACGCCCUCAAGCAGACCGAGAGGUACCCUUUCAAUCCCAACGGAUCGCCGAACGGAAUCGCCGGUAUCCAAAACAAGGACGGACGUGUUCUGGCCAUGAUGCCCCACCCCGAGAGAACGACGUUGGCGGGAACGGGAAGCUGGAUUCCGGCUGGUCUGGAUAAGGAGCGCGUUGGCGCUUGGGUCGCCCUCUUCAAGGGCGCCAGGAACUGGGUCGGAUAAAUAACGGAUUUGUACGGAAUGGAGGUUCGGUUCGGCGUUGGUGUUUUCUUGUGUUCCUUUCUUUUUCGUAUAAUUGUGCAGACAGAGCGUGGUUUAGAGAUCCCCCCAGAGGAAACAAAAUGGAGACAUACUGGAGCUAUGGUUUCGGUAUCUAC